AUGGCGAAGGUGGAACUCUGGNCAAAGUCGCUGCAGCUCGGCCCCGUCGUCAAGUACACCGCCCUCGCCUUCUUCGCCCACCGCUUCCUCCCCAGCCUGAUCGAAGACGACGGUGCGAAUGCGCGGAGCUGCUGGCUCCUGCGCCCUCUCAGGGAGAGCAACCUCCAGCUCUUCGCCCUCAUCUCCAUCUGGAUCUCCACCAAACUCCACGACUCCCGGCCGCUGUCCGUGAAGAGCCUGAAGGCGUUGGGCGACAGCCUCAUCGCCGAUCAGCAUUUCACUUCCCGAGAUUUCGCCGACGCCGAACUCGUCUUUAUGGAGGUACUAGGGUACGAUAUCGGAGCGUCGAACAUCGCUUUCGUGCACCUGGAGGAUCUUCUUGUCCAAUUCAGGGAAUUGUCGAAGCUCGGGGAACUCGUGGCCUUAGAUGUGUGCAUGGAGAUCAUGGAUCUUCUUUACGAGACCGAAGAUGCCUCACUCCUUUUCCGCGCUCCCUACGCGCUCGCGGCGUCGACUCUCGUUACUGCGUACGUCAUCUCGGUCCCUAAGCAGCGAUGGGAGUUUCCGCUUCUUCCUUGGGUGAAGUUUGUCACAUCCUAUGACGAAGAAGAAAUAGCGGAGAUCGUUACGAGAAUUCUUACGCACGUACUGCAACCUGAAGGGAUCAAGCAGAGGAUUGAUGAACAUUUUUUACCGUGAAGCUUACGACAAAACAGUAAGAACCAAUUAGAUAUGCAGUAAAUGAGUGAAUGCAGGCCAUUAUCUUUGCGACAUUCAUCGGAGUGCGUACUUAGGAAUUGUCAUUGUGGCUCGUAUCAACACAAAUUUCAUUCUUUAGUUUGAUUUGUUUGCUGCGACUAAUCCAAAUUAGUUUGUUCGCACUGUAAAUACAUUCUUGCAAUUUAAUUCAAAAUUUUUGUGACAA